GACUCUUGUUUUGAUUUCGAUAAUUUGUUUGCUCAUACUGUGAUUCUUCUUCACUUCUGCUUUCAAUUACUUUACUUUUACCAUCGCAAGAUUCAAUCUUUAUUUAUUUUUUCAUUGGAGGGCUGCUCAUUCUCUUCGGAUUACGAAGGGUUCCAUGCCUGCAUUGCAAUUAUAGAUAAACUCUGAGCGUCUUCAACUUCAUUUGACACCCAAAAACAAAACAAAAAAGCUUUCUAGUGGUAUUACUGUUUUAAAUGUUAAAUCUUUUGCUGCAUUUGUCUCUGGGUGUUUGUUUGUUUUUGGUGAGUUUUAUGUAUAAAUUUGCUUUAUGAUAUGGGUACAUAUCAAAAUAUUAAUUGUAUUUUCUGGUUGGAGGGGAGUAUUGUUGAAGAGGACCCCCUAAAUCUCAAAGACUGCCUUGUUGGUACUGUAUGCAGUGUAGAUACACUGAUGAGGGGUGUGAGAGUAUGGUGUGAUUUGUGUAACAAUGCCGCACCCAACUAUGAUGGCGGUGUGCCUUGCUUUGUUAUUGACUUAUUGUUGUGGUGAAGGGAGGCCUUGUAGUUACUGUGCUUAAGUUAUGGAUGACUCAUCUCAGGCUACAGAGUCUAAUCCUAAGAAUGAGCAAAGCGGGAUGGCAAAUGAUGAUCAGAUGUUUCUCUUGUACUUCAUAAUGGGUACCUACUUUGGCCCUGAUGUUAAAGGAGACAGGCCCCCUAAGUCAGUGUUGCAGAGAAUAGCUGAGGGACUUCCACCAUAUACUUUUGAGCAACUAGCUGGUUCCCAAAUCAAUACAGCGGAGGUGCAGCAGGUGUACUAUUAUGUUCUUUGGAAGGCUGAUCAAUCUGCCAUUGUUAAAUUACCUUUGUUGCAGCAGUUCUUCCAUGGUAAUCUCCUCAUCCAAGGACAAGAUGACACAGCCAAUUACCCUCAGUUUCCUGAUCUCUUUCCUCCCCUACUUCACUACAAUUCGCAGUCAAGAACCAGUUUUAACUUCUUUGAGAACAUUGUAUUUAUCAGAAAUCCGGAAAUAUAUUACAUUAAGCCAGAGGAUAUAGAAAGAUUUAAGAGGCUAACUGGGCUUGAGGGUUUUGUUCUGGAUAGAGAUUCUGCGAGGUUGCAUGCCAAUACUGAUGGAAGUACUUUAUAUGAUAUGACAGUCCAUGAGCAGAAGUCUAAUGGAGAAUCACCUCCCAUUAGAUCAUCUCGAAGCUCUACUGUAACAAAACAUGUAGAUGAUCCCCUAGAAUAUAAGGAUCCUCUGAAACAAGUGCAUGUGGUGGCACCUACCAGUAGUGUGGAAUAUAAUGGUACACCUGUUAUGUACAGUUAUAUGGCUCCUUUGCCGACGGGAAAUGGCUCUGAUGAUACACAGAAUGUUGAUCCUGCUAUGAUUUUUCUUCCUUCUCCUCCAACUGAAAAUGAGUGGUCAAAUAUUGUAGCCGCAGCCAAAAAUGGAUUUGCAUUGACUGGGAGUGCGGCAACAGGGCAGAUAGGACCAACUAUAGGACUCAUUGACAUUGGAGAGUCUGAGGACUCCUACCUGUUUCGUGUAUCUCUUCCCGGAGUGAGAAGAGAUGAAAGGGAAUUCAGCUGUGAAGUUGAAAAUGAAGGACAAGUAUUGAUAAGAGGGGUGACAAUAACAGGUGAAAAGACGGUGUAUAGGUACUCUCAGAUGUUUGAGAUGCAAACACAAAAUCUUUGCCCUACCGGGCAUUUUUCUAUCUCAUUCCAGCUGCCUGGUCCAGUUAAUCCCCAGCAGUUUUCUGGUAAUUUUGGCACUGACGGAAUCCUUGAAGGAGUUGUGAUGAAACGCUUAGAUGUGAAAUGAUGCUUAUGUGGAACUGAUAUAUAAUCGGCGCCGACUGUAUAUAUUUGUUUAGGGACUUUCUGAUAAGGAGUUUGGUUUUACUAAGUUUUCCCAUGUUUUUCCUGCUUUUCCUAUUGAGUGCUGAUGAUAGCUGGUUUUAUGUCUUCCUAGGAUGCCUCUAUUUGAUAAUCGAUGUUGUCCAUAUACCUUUGUUGUUGCAAUGUUGGUUGAUGGAGACAAAACUUUCAAUUUUACUUCCACCAAGUUGAGGGAGAUAUGUUACUGC